AUGACCAUUCAGAGACAAAAGAGUGCUUUAAGAGGCUUCUUUGCAUUUCCUAUUGCACGAUGUCAUGAUUUAGUUCAUAAUCGUAAAUUAACAUCACAAAUAUUAUGGAUACGAAAUAACAAAGUUGGUUCUCUAGAAAUUCAUAUCUUGAUUUCCAAGUCAGUAGUAAAAGUCAUUCUGCCACUCAAAAUAAGUAAAACUUCUUAA